GGUUGCCAUCCUGAUGUGGGGCACAUGUUUUGCCAAUAAAAGCAUGACUAUUAGGUCAGAUAACGAAGCAGUGUGUCACAUUAUAAAUAAGGGGGUUACCAGGGACAAGAAAAUGAUGUUGCUAUUACGCAAAAUGGUAAUACAAUGUCUGGAACAUAAUAUUUUUGUUAAAGCUAAGCAUAUCCCAGGGGUAGAAAAUGUUGCAGUGGACGCUUUAUCAAGGAACAUGUUUCAGAGUUUCUUAGAGGUCAAGCCCCACAAAGACAUGAAUUACAGAGGUGCCGGACAAUCUAAAACCGGAGAGCUGGAAUUUAUCUUCCGUCAACUAGUUUCAAGGGCUCAGGCACCUGGAACCAGAGACUUAUAUCAGCGGACCUGGAAUGAAUUAGUACACUUUGGCCAAAAAAUGAACUGUUCAAUUUUUCCCCUAUCAGAAGUAAAUCUCAGUCUAUUUAUAGCGGAAAUGCAUCAAUUACAUUAUGCUCCCUCCUCAAUUCGUAUUUUUGUUUCUGCUAUAGCUUAUGUUCAUAAAAUGGGAGGACUAAAAGACCCAUCAAGUCUUUUUUAUUCAACAAGGGCUAAAAGGUUUAACAAAACCACGGGGAGCUGUCGAUGUCAGACAACCUAUUUCUAUUGCAUUAUUGGAGAAAAUGGUACUGGCCUUACCAGAAGUGCUUAAUGAUGAGGGAGCUGUAGUUUUGUACACAGCAAUGUUCACUCUGGCAUUCUUUGGGUUGCUUAGAGUAGGGGAGAUGACUGGUUUUACCCACAAUUUAAAAAUCAAUAGCCUAGAGAAACUUUCCCAUAAAGGCCUAGUUCUGUGUUUUCAAACUUUUAAGCACAGCACUCGACCUUGUUAAAUCAAUAUAUACCCUGCAGUUAAGAGUACCAUAUGCCCAAUUGUUGCAAUGCGUACUUAUUUAAGAUCAAGAGGGUGGCACGAUGGCCCACUAUUUUUACAUAAAAGAGAAGCAGUAAGUACCACACAGUUCAGAAAUGUAAUGAAAGCAGUGUUGACAAAAUUAGGGUGUUCAAUAGGGUUAUUUAAAGCGCAUAGCUUUCGUAUCGGGGGUGCAACAUUUCUAGCCCAGUCUGGCUUUUCUGAUAUUCAGA